GCGUCGGUGGCGGCGCCGGCGACGAUGGCGUCCGACGGCUGCGAGCAGCGCUACAUGACGUGCCCCGAGUAUGGCGACCGCGUGCCGAUCGCCGAGGACGUGUCGCGCAGCCUCGAGCCGGGCGCCUUCCUCGACUCGAUGCUGGUGACGGCCGAUCAGGACGAGUACUGCGCCCUGCUCGCCGCCGACCCGUGCACGGCGCGCGCCAACUCCGACCGCUGCUGGAGAGCGGCCGCUCAGGCGACUCCGAGGAGCUGGAUGGUCGACUGAACCUGAACGGGCUCCAGCUGGAGACGGCCUCGGUUCAGUCCAGCGUAACCGAGUCCGACGAGAGCACUGAUCUGGAGAAGCUCCGGACCGAGGACAUCACAUCCACACCAGAGUGGAGAAACCAGCAGAAACACAUCUUUGUGCUCAGUGAAUCUGGGAAACCCAUUUUCUCAAGACACGGCAGUGAGGAGCAGCUGGUGACGCUGUCAGGCGUGAUGCAGGCGCUCGUCUCGUUCGUCCAGGACGCGGGUGACUCAUUGCGCGCGCUGCGCACCGGCGACCGCACGAUUGUCUUCCUCAGCCGGCCGCCACUCAUACUCGUGGCCGUGUCGCGCGGCCCGGAGAACGUGGCCCAGCUCACCGUACAGCUGUCACACAUGUACUGCCAGAUCCUGUCGGUGGUGACCCAGUCGCAGCUGACGAGGAUAAGCGAGCAGCGGCGCAACUUUGACUUCCGCAAGCUGGUGUCUGGCGCCGAGCGCUUCUUGGACCAGCUGAUCGAGGCGGUGGACGCGCGCGCCGUCUACCUGCUGCACGCGGUGCAGUGCCUCCGGCUGGAGCCCGGCCCGCGCGACGCAGUCAUCACCGCCAUACAGAGCGUCUGCGCCAAGAUCAAGGAUCUGGUGUUCGCGCUCCUCAUCUCGGGCGACCGCCUGAUCGGCCUGGUGCGCAUCCGUUCCCACUACCUCCAUCCCACCGACUACCACAUCGUCUGCAAUAUCGUCUCAUCCACCGAGUCGUUCAGGACGGUCGAGGGGUGGAUCCCCAUCUGUCUGCCCAAGUUUGACUCCAGCGGGUUUAUGUACGCGUACGUGUGUUACAUAUCGGACGACUGCCCGGCCUGCCUGGUACUGCUGACCGCCGACCGUGAGAGCUUUCACGCCCUCUCGCGGGCCAAGACGAAAAUAGCCGAGAAAAUGCAGCAGUGCGGUGCCGCGCAACAGAUAGCUAUCUCCAUAGCUAGCGGCGACUACUCCGUCCAAGAGACAGGCGUGCUGGACAUGCGCCACUUCAUGUACAAGUGCAAGUCGACAGCGCAGAGCACGUGUCCGGCGCCGAGCGCCGUGUACGCGUCGGCGGCCGGCCGCCGCCGACUGUACGCGCUCUAUCACAUCGUGCACGGCCGCAUCCACGCGGCGGCGCGGCCGCUCAAGACGUACUACUUCGCCGGCAGCCGAGAGGUGGUGGUCGGAUGGGUGAGCCCCGGCUUUGAACU